GUCGCGGACUGCCAUCGCAUGCAAACUGUUGGCUAAUAUGAUGGAAGUGUCCGGAAUUAAUAAUGUCAUUACAAUGGAUCUGCAUUCGCCACAAAUCGCAGGCUUUUUUAAUAUAACUGUCAAUAAUCUAUUGUCUGCGCCAUUGAUUAUUAAAUACAUAAAGGAAUCGAUCCCUAACUGGAAGAAUGCAGUGAUUGUCUCUCCAGACGCCGGCGGAACCAAAAGAGCCAUUUCUAUAGCAAACAAAUUGGGAUUAAAAUUCUCUCUCAUUCACAAACAUAAGGGUCCGGACAAUAAGAUUGAUUCAAUGGCAUUAGUGGGUGAUGUGAGGGGACAGAUGACAAUCAUUAUCGAUGAUAUGGCCGACUCUGGCGAAACACUUGUAAGGGCGACACAGAAGCUGAAGGAAUUGAAUGCAAGCAAAGUGUAUGCAAUGGUAACGCACGGAGUGUUGAGUGGAAUGGGAUGCGAGAGAAUCAAUGUCUCACAAUUGGAGAGACUUGUGGUGACCAAUACAUUACCACAAGAGGUGAAUAAAAAGCGGUGCAUAAAACUG